AUGAAGUACUCUGCCAUUCUCUUUGCCUUCGCCGCUGCCGUCGUCGCAGCUGCCCCCGCCGAGCCGAUUGAGGCUCGCCAGGAGGCCAACAGCGUCCCCGUCAACGAGGCCGCCAUGACUGACGCCAAUGGCAACAUCGUUCCCUUCAACUCCGCCGGCGUCUACCAGGCCAACAAGGCGGCCGGCCUCUAA